GAUGCUCGGCAGGGACUUUGCAAACUCUGCAAACGUCCUUAGCCGAUUACAGAGGCUCGAGGCUGUGGGAGGGGUCCCGCAGAACGGCAGAUUCUCGCAGCCCCAGAGACCCCCCCCCCCAUUUGCAUUCGCCUAUAGACCUCUACCAACCCCACCGCAGAGCAUCCCACCGCUCAUCUCUCUCGUCUGGGAGUUGGCCGUUAGGAAGCUGUGGCCCCUCGGUCCGGGAAACCCAGGUCCAGGGAAGCCGGGAGAAUCGUGGCGCUAGGAACAGCCUGGGGCGGCAGGAUGAGCUGGCGAGUAGGCUGAGCGCCCCGAGGAGCCAAUCCAGCCACCGCGGGGAACAUGGCAUCUUGGCUUUGGAGAAAGCUGCGUGGCAAGAAGCGAUUGGUGAUGACAUUCUGCCUCUUGAUGACUCUGUCUAUGGUGGCUGUCACCCACUUACCCCCGCAGCAUCCAGCUAUUGACUCUGGUCCCAUGGAGCCCCAGGGGGUAACUGGCACCCCUGCCCCCAACAGAUGGCAGGCUCUGAGCUCCAGCUGGAGGCAGCGGGCAAGAAACCUGAGGUUCCGGAGAGGCUGGGCCCUGCCCAAGAAUUCUGUCCCGGUGUGUGCUGAGGAGCCAGACCACAGAGGGACCAUGGAUAGCAGCAGGCAGUCCCAGGACAGGGACAGCAAACAUCCAGGGAGGGUCAGGAGGGACGUGACUUUGGCACCUCCAGGACAUUUGAGACUCAGUACACAGCAUCUUGUGCUCUUGAGGGAGGAUGAGGUCAGGGGUCCAGGAGCCAAAGACCUGGACUCCCCCUGGCAUGACAGUCCCCUCCAGAAGGCACAGAGUGAGAUGGGCACCCCAGAUGCCCCCCUGGCAAGGUGUGACACGGCAGCGUUAAGGGCUUGGAGAUCUACCGCUAGACCGACCCUCCAGCCCCAUCCAGCAGAAGGUGGGAAUCUGCCAGGAGAUGGGAACAGAGCCUUGACUGCUGGACCACAAGCAGGGCGUCCUGCCCCAGCUGCAGGUGCUCAUUGGUGGCCUGGCUCUGUUGGGGAGCUGCAAAGAUCUGUCUGGUGUGACGCUGAGACCCCUGGAUUGUUGAGUGGCUCAAGGACUAGGGGGCAGGUCCCCCCAUGGCUCACAGAGCACGAUGUACGGACCCUUCAGCUGUUGGCUCAGGGGGAGGUGGUGGGCAAAGCCAGGGUGCCUGGCCAUGGGCAGGUGCUGCAGGUUGGCUUCUCUGCCAAGGGUGUCCUUCAGAACAUAUCUCCUGGGCUCAGCCAGCUCUGCUCCCAGGGACUCUGUGGCCUGAUCAAGAGGCCUGGGGACCUGUCUGAGGUCCUGUCCUUCCACGUGGAUCGCGUGCUGGGACUGUGCCGGAGCCUACCCGCCGUGGCCAGGCGCUUCUACAACCCUCUGCUGCCCUACCGCUACACAGAUGGUGGUGCAAGGCCUGUUAUCUGGUGGGCACCUGAUGUGCAGCACCUGGGUGACCCAGACAACGACCAGAACUCUCUGGCCUUGGGCUGGCUGCAGUACCAGGCCUUGCUGGCACGUGGCUGCAGUCAGCCAGACCAGGACCCGUGCCUGGACAUCCACCACGCUGAGUGGGCACGCCUGGCACUCUUCGACUUCCUGCUGCAGGUCCAUGACCGCCUGGAUCGCUACUGCUGCGGCUUUGAGCCCGAGCCCUCGGACCCCUGUGUGGAAGAGAGGCUUCGAGAGAAGUGCCGGAACCCGAGGGAACUACGGCUGGUCCACAUCCUGGUCCGGAGCAGUGAUCCAUCUCAUCUGGUCUUCAUCGAUAACGCUGGCAACCUUCAGCACCCUGAGCACAAGCUGAACUUCCGGCUGCUGGAGGGCAUCAGUGGGUUUCCUGAGUCUGUUGUGAAGGUUCUUGCAUCAGGGUGUCUACAGAAUAUGCUGCUCAAGUCGCUGCAGAUGGACCCUGUGUUCUGGGAAAGCCAAGGAGGACAACAGGGCCUGCAGCAGGUUCUCCAGACACUGGAGCGGCGAGGACAGAUCCUGCUGGGCCAUAUCCGGACACACAACCUGACACUCUUUGGGGAUGAGGGCCCAUGAGCACCCCACAGGCUGGGUGGGACUCUCACCUCGCUGUGGGUAGGCACGCCUGACAACACGACAUGAAUGGGUGAGUGUCCAUCCUCACAGCCACAUUUUCUGGGGUUCACCCAUCUCGAAGACAAAAGGGAAAAGCCAGAAACCAGGGGGGCACCGUGGAUGCCACAGAAUGUGUUACCCAUUUGAGACAGAAGAGGUGGUGGUGACUGUUGGGUUUUUGAUCUCAUUACAUUCCUUUCUGCCUGCUCAGCUCUGGCUCUUUACUCCCUUGCACCAAUAAAUACAUUAAAAAAUG